ACUGAUUUUGAAUACUCAUUUAGAUAUGCAGAUUAGGUUUUAUGCAUUUGGUUGGGUUUUUGGUCUUCAGAUUUUUUAGGUUACCCGUUCGGACUCGGUUAAUAAAAUUUUGAAUUCAGAUAUGUUUUAUACCAUCCUACAAGAUUAAUUCAUACUUUUUACAUCUUAGAUCGAGUACGACUUUAUUUUUAUGUUCGGUUCAGAUUUUGGCUUCUUGGUUUAUAUCUAGUUUGUCUCGAUAAAAACAAGUUUAUAUUUUUCUGGAUCAAUGAAGUGUCCAUGACUUUUUUUAAGGAAAAUUGUGUAAGUUCAAUAUUUUUAUGUUUCUUUUAUAAUUCUGUUUCAGCAAAACAACGUCGUUUUGAUUUUUGUUAAAGAUAAACAAUUAAGUGAAAAUUACGGUUGACUAAAUUUAUAUCUAAUUUGCCUCGGUUAACACAAUUAUAUGUUUUUGGACUAGUGAAGAGUUCUUUUUUUUUUGGGAAAAAAUGUGUAAACUACAUAUUUGUUUGACCGAUUUCUCAUUCUGAAAAUAGAUCAUAAGCGUCAUAUAUAUUUUUCCUAUUGGGCCGAUCCUAAAAAAGAUAUAUAUAUUGUGCCGGGCCUGAAUAUGAAAAAGCCCAUAUUCUCAGGCGUCGUUUCUCUCAACUAAACCUCUUCCCAGUCACCGCCGAGCACCGCCGUCUUGUUGUAGAAGCCGAGAGGGAGAGAGCUAUAAAGAGGAAAAAUCUCAUUCUUCUUUGCGUCUUCUCUCUUUCCUCGGGCGGGUCGAGCAUUACAAGAGUCUCUCUGGCUUUCAAAGCAGGCAUAGCUAACAAUGGAGGGGAGAUUGGCUAAUAUGUGGAGGUUGACUGUAAACGAAAGUAAGUUCGUGGAAACUGCGUUGCAGUCUGAGCUCAGAGUCGAUGGUCGUGGUCUUUAUGAUUACCGCAAGCUUACUAUUAAGUUUGGAAAAGAGUAUGGUAGCUCAGAAGUUCAACUUGGUCAGACUCAUGUGAUGGGUUUUGUGACUGCUCAGUUGGUACAACCUUACAAAGACAGACCUAAUGAAGGUUCUCUCUCUAUCUUCACGGAGUUUUCUCCUAUGGCUGAUCCAUCGUUUGAGCCUGGUCGUCCUGGGGAGUAUGCAGUGGAGCUGGGCCGUAUUAUAGACCGUGGUCUAAGAGAAAGCCGUGCGGUUGAUACAGAGUCACUCUGCGUUCUAGCUGGAAAGAAGGUCUGGUCUGUUCGCAUUGAUCUUCACAUUUUGGACAAUGGAGGGAACUUGGUUGAUGCUGCAAAUAUUGCUGCGUUAGCAGCGCUUAUGACGUUUAGGAGACCAGACUGCACUGUAGGAGGGGAGAACAGUCAAGAAGUUAUCAUACAUCCACUAGAGGAACGGGAGCCACUACCACUGAUAAUACACCAUCUCCCCAUAGCCUUUACGUUUGGAUUUUUCAACAAAGGCAACAUCGUGGUGAUGGACCCAAGUUAUGUUGAAGAAGAGGUUAUGUGUGGGAGAAUGACUGUGACAGUCAAUGCCAAUGGCGAUAUAUGUGCAAUCCAAAAACCUGGAGAAGAAGGUGUGAACCAUAGUGUAAUCCUUCAUUGCUUACGUCUUGCUUCUUCAAGAGCUGCUGCAACAACUAAGAUUAUUAGAGAAGAGGUUGAAGCAUAUAACCGUGAGAAGAACUUACAGAAGGUGAAGCGGCAUCCAACUUUGGCUAAACCUGAAGUUUCUGGACCUAUUGUAGUUGUGAAGGAGGGACAUAAGAAGUCUUCAGAUGAGGAUAAAUCUACAGAGAUGUCUCAGGAACAUGUCGAAUUGAAAACCAGCAAGGAACAGGAAGCUGUUGCCUCCCCUGCCAGUUCCAAAGGAACUGAAACUCGUUCUGUUUCUUCUAAUCCAGCGAUCAAGGGAAAGACAAACGACUCUGGAGAUGCGCAGAAAGAAGUAACCGGAGAUGUAGAGAUGAAAGAUACACCUGAAGUUACAAAACACAAGGAUGGAGAGAAGACACUCAAAGAUGCUGUCAAGCCUAAGAAGAAGAAGAGGAAAAACAAAAGCAGUUGA